CCAGCCGCCAGAGCAGCACCUCCUUCAGCAGUUGUUCCCUUUUAGCGAGCGCCUCACCAAGUGGGAUGGAUGGAUGCUACCCGCGGCGGCAGCUGUGCCACUAUCGCGCGCUAGCUCAUCGUACAGCCUCGUCUGCGUCUCCUUCUGGGUGUCCUUUUUUCCGCUUCCUUGCUUUUUUCUUUCCCUCUCGCUUUCCAUCAAACGUCAGGUUAGACCAUUGUCUCCUGCGUCUCUGUCCCUCCCUCUCCAUCCAACUGCCGAUCUGCCAGGAAGCUGGCUGUGCUACGAAUACAUCAUCUCCCUUGAUGGCUUCUCCAACCUUGACUGUGUCCGUCUGCCGUCUCAUCGCUGUCCUCUGUUGAUCUACGUCAAACUGCCUUCUAAAUAAUCACACACAUCCGCCUCGCCCCCUAACGAACAAACGUGUCAGAACGCCCACAAAGUAGCCAAUCCUAUCGCCAAUAACGAGCCACGGCAAACAGCGGCAAACAACGGCAGAUCAAACCCUCAAUCACGGCACCUGGACGCUCUCUGCGGCCAUGGACGGCAUGGACCCGGAACAGUUCAACAAGACGCUCGCUGCCAUCAAUGAGAACAUCAACGACGACGAUGGCAAGGAGCUGCUCGUCGCCAUUGCCGCUCUGGUCAUAUCAAUUGUCGCCCUCGUUGCCGCUCUCCUCCAGGUUGCUCAACAAUACUACGCUUCCGCCGCGGGUUACUCCAGUUGUGGCAGCAAAGUCAUAGGCAAAUGGUCAGAGUCCAAGAAGCGCAUCCUCAAGUUUACCGAGUUCCGCUUCGAGGUCCAAUUCGAAACCCCCGUCAUAUUCUUAUGCCCGCCGAAGAACACAAAGGGUCCCGUCAAAGGCCAGCCCAUCAUCUUCAUCGACGGCUCGGAGAAGAGCUUGCUGGAAAGUCGUUCCGACCCCUUGGGUCUGCCCCAAAAAAACAUUCAUGAUGUCUCCGAAAAAGAACUGGCAAAGCAAUCCGUCCACACGGCCGACAACGAGCGCGCUUCCUGGGUUACGCUUCUAUCCGCCCUGCAGCAAAUGGAAAAGGACUCGAGGGAAUGGCAGAAGAAGCAGUAUCGUGAAACUGUCCUCCACAGGCCCCCGAAGGGUUCCAAGGAAUCUACUCAGAUCGAGACUCAAGAGGAAAUGGACCAGGUACUCCAAGGUGUCAGUGACAAGUACACGUUGACGGUUGCCAUCCAGAAGAAGCUCAGAAGCUGGGACACCAUGCCGGCAAACGUCAAGAAGCCGUAUGCAACCACGACCUGGUGUCAUGUCGUCGAGAUGCUGGCCAUGCUCGGCGUGUACUGGAUUGAAUUCAAUAGGACCACCGACAGAUACCGCGCCGAAGGCAACGGCUACACCGUCACGGGGGAGAAAAUCAGCGACCUUGGCAUCAUGUUCACUUUUCAAGUCUAUGGCCACAGUCGUUUUGAGAGCAAUCGCGUCAUACCCGUCGACGAGACCAAGGAACUGUGCUUCGGAUUCGUGCCUACCAUUUACAACUCAAACUCGGACAGUCGACGUCUGAAACUAUCAAACGACGAGCCCAAAGACCUCUCCAUUUUGAACUUUGCCAGUCGACACGAAGUCGCCGAGACGCUGGUUUUGAUCGGAUGCAAUACAAACACGGUCAACUACUUCUCCGACUCUUCGACAGCCCAGGUGUCCCACCUGUUUCCCAUCCCAUUCGAGAUCAUAGGCAUGUUAGGACGGACGCUUCACAUCGAGAGGAGUGCAUUUCGUUUGCUUCCCAACCCGACCCACCACCGAUGGGAUACGAAGAACUUUUCGUUGCCACGGCUGCUGCAUGCGUUCGCUAAACAGAUGGAAACGCUCAGGCGGGGUCAGUUGUCCCCUAGAAUUGUUGGCAAAGCGAUCCGGAAGCAUACCAAAAACAUCCAAGGCAUCAUCACGACCUCCAACCAAGGUGAUUGGUUGAGCUUGCCACUCAUGGAUGCAUUGCAUGCAGCCCUGGGCGACAUGGACGAGAUUCUCACGGCGCGGGCCAAGGACAACCGGCCCAGUGCGCCACCCCGGGCCUACUCGACAUUGACCCGGAAGAAUACCGACGUGACAGAAGGCCACACCGAGGUUGCAAUUGAGAGCGCACGGCGUGAGAUGGUACAGGACGUCCUGCGAAGUCACAUCCAGGAGGUGCUUGCUGGCCUCAACGAGAAACCGGAAAAGGCAACGCAGAAGACUCCGGGCAGCAACGUGUCUCUGGGUACCGAUCCGAAGAAACAACGUCAAUUCGAGGAGAUUGACGCCGCAGCCCCAGAGCUCAAGCAGGAAAAACUCAUGGAGAUAUACUUUCGCGUGGUGCGGAGGAAGGUAAUUGAGGAGUCGCAAGAGUCGGCCGACAGACGAGAGAUGGUGGGGUUCGGCGGCUUGAAGAAGAGACAGCAGACCAACUUCAGCACGCGGACGGCUGAGACGGUGGAUGACGACGACGAGCCGCUGGCGCUGUUCAUGCUAGGCGAAGAGCACGUCAGCCACGAGGAUAUCUGGUGUACACUCGUCUUCCGGAUGAUCUGCUGGCUCAUGCUACACGACUUCCACAAGAAGGACGUGCAGGUGUCGACGAAGAGCGAGCUUCUGGGUAGCCGUUUGCCGGUUUACAUCUCUUGAGACGGUGGUGGGCUUGUGUGGUUGAGCAUUGAUUCUUCAUGGUCGCACAAACGACAUUUUGUCUCAUGCAUUGACAGGCUUUUUGGAGACCAAAAUGCCUUAAGCGGGAGUUGGAUGAGGGGAGACUUAUCAUGCGAGCGAGCAAGCGACAGCGACAGCGACAACGACAACGGCAUGUCAUAAUUGAUUGCAAAGAACACUCGAAACAGUGCUACAGAUCUACAGAUUUAACUCUACGAAUGAUGAUGAUUAUACGGUCUGAUGGUCGACUGUAGAAGACACUUUAUGUGAGCUAGAACAUGGGCAUUGUCUGAAUGUGUCUUAUGACGACAACAAUAUGAAAACAGAGUUAUGUCAGAUCGCCUAGCAAGUCUUGAAGAGGCAAACCGACUCGGAGUGGGUGCGGGAACCAAGACUCGGACCGACCUUCUACUGGACGGAGUCGUCGCCGAGGUUCGAUUUCCAGCGCACACGCUGAGCAACUCGGGACUCCGUGUAAAUGACUUCGUUUAUUCUCCCAUACCCCAGCAGAUGGCCGGCGAGUGUGGUGCUGUGCUGCAGAGUGGUUGCAGCCUUUCACCUUUCACAUUCCUUGGAUCUCUCGGCAUGGUCUAGGUCUAGCUGAAGGAUGGAGAGAGUGCACUAGGCCGAAUUGGUGCGGGACAGCGGCAAACAGGUCCCCCCGGUGAUGAAGGCGGCGGCGCAA